AUGGUCACGACCUCUAACUUGAGGCAAUUGCUUGUUUUGAGCAUAGUAGUACUUGCUCUCUUCACCAAUCAUGCAUCUUUUCACGCAGCUGCAGGCAGUGGCAGCGCCACCAGAGAAGGCCAAGAUGUUGAAACCGUGGGUGGUGCUGCUGCGGUUUCAGAAAUGGGAGUGGAUGAAGGCAAGAAUAAAAGAUCCAACACCUCUUUGCUUGUUCGAUCAAGACACUUGCCAACAAUUCUGCCGUGGGGUGCAGUCUUCCGGGGUCCUCCCAUGAUACCCCAACGGCC